CAUGAAGUUCAAACAUUCAUCACCUCCAUACACAAGCAAAUGAAUUGACAGGCGUAUACCUGUUCAGACUUGGAUCUGACAAUAGACUCCAACAAUGCUUCGGUAUUUACCUACACUUACUCGGCGAGUGUCAAAGGAAAGGCAUGUGUUUUGUUAAAGUAUUGUCAAAGAAAUUCUACAUUCAGUGAUCGGCCAGUUAGGAGAACUCGGGAUUAAAAUAUCGACUUUGGUGCGUGUUUACUUCUGCUUGUAGUGACGUCACGAUGCACGUGUAAUUUAUUCACAUCUUGAUGCUGACGGAUUAAUUUCGGAAUCCAAGGAUUACUCAGGAGAAAGUUUUGCAGGAAGAUGGAACAACAUACAGUGUGUGUAAGGGAACAUCUACGUAAGCUGCCAUUAAUUUGUGUAGUAUGAUAAACUCAAAUUAUAAUAAUGAAAUAAGGCUAGUAUAUAUUCUGAUAUACAUGGCGUGAUGCUAAGGCUCGUGCGCUGCGUCAGUGCGAGGAAGUUAUUUUUAGAAAGAUGGUUCGGUGAAUAGAGGAGAUCAUCGCUAACAGGGAUUAUACAGCCGAAGAGUAUGUGUUGUGUUCGCACAAAACACUGUAGCGUCGUGGUCCCGUUGUUUCCAUAGUAUUUAUAGCUAUGAAAUAACGUAUAUGUGUUUUACUCAUCACCGGCUUGGGUCUACUUGGAUGUGCUAGUGUAUAUAUAUAUAUAUACAUAUAUAUGUAUAGCCAAGGCAAUUUGUUCACGGUGCUACUGGGGAGAAUUGUAAAGUUAUAAAUCAAACGUACAAUGGAAAUUGUAUCAUUCACUUCCGUUAUCAACAUCAGUGAAAAUUCCUCAACAAUAGUCUUAACGAAAAACUACAGCUAGGGCCUAGUGUAAAAUAUGGCUUAUACAAAAGUAUGUGAGGACUGUGAAUCGUCAGGUGGAUAUAUUCGAUUUGUAUUUUUAUAUUAUAUACUAGGAUCAUAGAAUGUACAGAGGCUCUGUACGACCGGGCAACUGUACACCUGUACACGGGUUCCUGACCGCGAAACCGCCAAAACCACCGUGCUGGCUUGACCUCAAAGUUCAAAACCAGCGGGCGUCCUCUGACGAAGGAGGGUCAAAAAGUUCACCUGUAUCUCAGCAACAGCAAAUCAACGUUCUACCCCGGUCGUCAAAACCAGGGAAGCGCAUGCGUGCUAAAAUACACCGGACACGUAGUCAGUAUUGUAUAGAGUCCGAGGAUCUUCCGGACGACGUGGAGAUGACAAUGAAUCUCUCGGAAACCACUCCUAAAGAUAUCGGCCUCCGGAAACAAAUGUAUGAUGAUAGUGUUUAUAUGCAAGAAACGACACGAAAGUGUCAAAACUGGCUCGACAGCCUUGAGGCGUGUGGGCCACCGGAAACGGUGACGUCAUCAGGGCUUGACGCUCUUUCGGAAGAUUGUGAUAGCCAGGUGGACGUGGAAGUACCUGACGACACUAUGUGGUAUGACCCGGAUGUACGACAGCAGUACAGCAGUAGUACAUCUAGUUCUGACGAUGAACGAACAACUAUUCAAACUAAACAUAUUCCAGGAUCACUACAAUCUACUGUUACUCGAGAGAAGUCUUCGAGUUUGAAAGGCUCGAGUAAAAAAUAUCAUUAUCGAGGUGUUCUUGCCGGGAAUACAGUGCUGUGAUAUACCUUUGCAGUAGUAAGGUGCAAUGAGUUUAGCCUUUUAAAUUACCCGUGUGUCGUCAUGUCAAAACAUAAACAGUUUACUGUGUUGCUAUCCUAUAGUACCGAACAGUUAGGCCAAGAUAUACUAUAUGUGUGUUUCUUGUUGCGUUUUCGAAAAAUCAGUUUUAUUACACCAAGUAUUGGAUUAACACGUGAUGUUUCGUUCAUCGUGGUCAUCUUUGUCAGACAAAGGACACCUUUAUCAGAUAAUAUCCUUUGUCUGAAUAAUAGAUGGCAGGGCUAAGUCAUCGAAAUUUUACGCUUAAAUCCAUUACUGGUUAAGAUACGUUAAAGUGUAUUUACAUUGAUAUUUAUCUAUCUAAAGAACAUGUUUUAAGAUUUUCAAAUUUUCAAAAUGUUUUCAAAAUGGGAUUAAAUGAGUGUUAUCAUUAAUUUGUAAAAAUGGAGAGAACACGUCACCUAACUAGGACAGAGUUAAUUUCAUUACUCCCUCCUAAUACACCUGUACGGAGAGGGUGGUAUGCCAUAAUUUAAUCUGUGUAAGACUGUCAUGGACACUUUGCCUGAGAAAGUGUUUGGAUGGCCAUGUACAGAUAGGGUGCUUUGUCAUCAUUUUAAAUCUAAUUUUGCCUUCUUGAAAAUUUCAAAACAUUAGGGUAUGCAAAUAAAAAGGUCAACAAGAAGCACACAUAUAUAUUGCUUGGCCUGAUACCCCUUACAGCAAUGGAAGUAGUGAGAGAGGUUUAGUAUGAGAGAUUUAACGAAGAAUUUUGUUACAUAACAUAAUCGUACAAUCUGCCUUAUUAAGAUACCUUGUUAUUAUUGCAUAACAGGAUAUUUUAAUUUGGGUUACCUCAAUACAUAAUUUGUAUUAUUAUUGUUAUUUAUUUUUUAAAAACGUUAAGAUAUUUCCUUCUUGUCGAGAAUAAAUGGCUUUACCAGUAUUUAUAAAAACAGCAUUACCUGAUCAAUUUGCUAUUUGUUUUAUUCCAUUCUUGCUUCCUGGAUUCUUGUUUAAAGCUGACCUCAACAUCAAAAGACCCGUUAGCGAUUUAGCUUGUUAGCGGUUUUAGAUAUUAAGGUGUUGCAGGAAUAUAAAGGUUUCAAAGUCUUUGAAAUAAGGUGUUAAAAUGAAUUUUCAAAAUGCAUUUUACCUAAAUAACCCUACAAAAUUGCUGUUUAGUGGAAUGAGAUAGAUUUUGGUUGCUGAGUAAUAUUUUUAUACACAGAAGAAUAGAAUUGAUAUAGAUCUGAAGCUUUAAGAAAUGUGCAGCAAAGCUGGCAUCAGACCAAAAUGUUAAGUUUAAGUAUGGUUAGCUUGAGAGCAACCAUUUGUGAACUGAUGUGUGAAGUAUCUUUAAAAAUGUCUGUUGUGGAAUAUCUGAAAUCCAAAAUAAAUUUGUUAUAUUUGGUGGACAUAGAUUAAGCCCGUGUCUACAUGAUAUCAGACGGAGUCUUAUAUAAGAAACAAUGAAUUUCUCGAAAAUAUAUUGUUUCAUUUCUAAUUGUUUGUUAGAGUGUUUGUUUAUCUUCGGUUGUAAACAUGAGAAUUGUUUUCAAAUUCUCAAUUACAUUUAAGCGAUCACAAAUGUGACGAUAUAGGUGGGUAAUAUUUUAAUAUAGCGAUGAUAAGCAUUUAAUGAAUACAUUUUGUAUUCAAUUGUGUUUAUGUUUUAAACGAUCUCAUUUGAUGUAGAAAUGUUAAUGAUAUGUAACAUUUUAAUUUUAUAGCAUUUAACUUGUCAACUUGUUAAAACAAAACCAGAAAAUAUGAAAUAUAUGAUUUUCUUCCUUACUUGACAUAUCUGAUAUUUAUUGUAUUAUUCACAUUUUCAUAUGAAAGGUGCACAUUCUGAAUAACCGUAUUGACUGUAAGUUUGUAUGUUACUGUACAGGUGUGACACAGUAUUGACUGUUACUGUACAGGUGUGACACAGUAUUGACUGUUACUGUACAGGUGUGACAAGGUAUUGACUGUUACUGUACAGGUGUGACACGGUAUUGACUGUAAGCUUGUGUGUUACUGUACAGGUAAGAGUUUUUCACGUUAUCCAAUUAUAAAAUUUCCAUUUCUGAUAGCUUACGUUGUUUCGAGAUAUCUGAAUCAGGUUUACUGUACACAAAGCUAUUUUAAGACUAUCCAUAUAAGGUAUGUGCACGUGACGACACACGGGUCCAUGAUAGCUCUGUGAGAAUGUGUACGGAAUGGUGAACGGAAUACUGUUCGAGUCGCAAUAUUUCCUUGUCUUGAAACGGGUGAAAUAUUAUAGAUGAUUUAUAUUUUAUUGUCCAUUGAUAACGUAUAUAAUGUAAAUAAUAGAUUGAUACAUCUAUAUAUCAUUAUAUACUUAUAUUACACCAAUAACAACCAUUGAAACACUU